CGGGAGAGACUGAGCUGCCAAGGUCACAAUGUGGCAAUACCAAUGCUGCCAGCCAAGUGUUUAGGUCUCAGUGUAGAUUCUCAGGGGAGUAUGUACAGGACAUUUCAGAGGAGGAUACUUUAAUCACCUCAGCAGGGCCUGUGGGGAAGUCUCAUCUACUAAUAUCUGGAUAAAUACAAGGAUCUAUUGACUGCUGUUAUACCUGAAGACCUGGGACUCAUCUCUUGUUGGAUUAACUCUUGAGGGCCUCUUCAACAGGAAGCAGCAGCUGCUUUGACUGGGCAGCCCUGCAGGAACCAGAGCGCCGCCAUAUGCUGAUCAAAGACCGCAAAGAGGGGUCUCCCCGCCACCGUCGCCACAUGUCAAGCCCCCUCUCCCUUCGCAAGCAGCUCAGCAAACUUCCCCCCAAAGACGUCUUCAAUGACAUGAUGUUUGUGGUCGGAGGAUGGACCCAGGAUGACCCAUCCUGUUUGGUAGAACAGUUCUGUCCCGAGUACAAUGAGUGGAGGACAGCAGCACGCAUGGUCAACAGUCGUGGCAAAGUGGCCGUGGGCACGCUGGAUGGCAAGAUCUACACAGUGGGCGGGGAAGAUAAAAUCCGAUGUUACAGCAGUGUGGAGAGGUACAACCCAGACAUGGACAGCUGGAGUACAGAUGUAGCACCCUUGAGCAGCCCCCGCAGCGGAGUGUGUCUGGUGGCGAUGGACGGAUACCUGUAUGCUAUUGGAGGACAUGACGGCAUUACUGCCAUAAAUACUGUGGAGAGGUACGACCCGAAAAUGAACACAUGGAGCAAGCAGACAGCCAUGCCGACCAGACGCACCGGAGCUGUGGCUGUUGUGCUGGAGGGUUACUUGUAUGUGAUCGGGGGGAAUGAUGACGAUAUGGCUCUGAACACAGUGGAGCGAUACAACCCUGUAGACGGUACCUGGUCGAUAUGCGCCCACAUGCUGAGUCCCAGGGAGAACGCCGGCUGCACCGUUUACCUGGGACACAUCUAUGUGGCCGGGGGCAAAGACGAGCUCAACUUGAAGCUUUGCGGUGCUGAGAGGUUUGACCUGGACACUAUGAGGUGGACUCCUGUCAAACGUAUGAGGAGCAAGAGGGAUGAUAUGUCCCUUGUAGUCUUCAAUGGUGCCUUGCUGGCUGUGGGAGGCUCUGACGGUGUCACCAAUCUGAAAACAAUAGAGGCUUACUGUCAUGAAACCAACACAUGGAGACACUUUGGAAGCAUGAAGAGCAAGCAUCCAGGAGGCAGAGUGGCUGUGCUGUGCUGAGCCUCGACAAUGCUUGUAUUAUAUGAACAGGACAGAGGUGUUAGAGAGAAAUAGCCUAAUGGAUGUACGCCAGGCUCUGGGACACAUUGUGAUAGGCUUCAAGUAAGGCAGCAUAAUGACUGAAUAAUUGAAGAGUUCACUCCAAAAUGAGACAUCGCUGCAUUAGUCAAAGCUGGCAGCGGCUGUUAUACAAAAUGACUACGAGCAUUAAAUUAAAGCACAUUAUAGGCUACCAGGUUACCAUUAAAGUUAUGGGUCUUUUUAUGUCUGUAGAUUACAAAACAGAGCUCUUUCAUAGAGAUGAAUCAGCGGCAAAUAAAUUUCAGGUUGGAUUUUUAUUCCCCCACAAAAAAACAGAUAAGUAAAAUAUUUGAAUUUAGAUUUAACAAUUGGAUUUGGUACUACCAUAAAAAUGGCCCAGCCAGUACUGGAUGUUUUAUACACUGGCCUCACAUAUCCGUCUAGAUCUUAAUCAUGAUACUCUAGCAGACAAAGUAGUAGGCUUGGGUAGUAUCUCAUUUUUUAUAGUCUCAUACCUUCCUGGGUAUAUGGUAUAUGACGGUAAUUGACCCUGUGCUAAGUCCCGCCCCUCAAACGCAGACUGGCCAAUCGUAGCUUAGCAACCCGCGUCCGACAACAACACAGCUGUGCUCCAUUGACUCUAAUGCAGUUGUUUCAGAUUUCCUUAAUUAUCAGGCUGGUUUUGUGGAUUUCCAGCUAAAUUUUGUGCCUGGAUCACAAGUAAUAAUGACACUCAUUAUCCGGAGGGUUACAUGUUUUUUCCCCAAUAGCAAAGCCUGAAAAAUAUAGGGCUAACUAGCUAGCUACUGAAGAUAUAGCCGAAUGAAUGUAUACACAUGCCACUUUUGCUUUUAAAUGAUAAUAACACUGAAAAAAGACAGACCCUGAGAAACUACCUCUGAAGCUCCCUGCCUGUUCAGUGACAUAGGUCUAGCAGCUGAGGUCCGAGUACUGGCAGCAGCACAGGGGGAAGGCAAACAUUGUUCAUGUGAACACUGUGAUGCCACACACCUGGUUAAAUAUCAGCAAUGUUUCUCUUUAAUUCCAUCAACUUCUGUCUCGGUCGUCAGGAGAUGUGGUGGUCCACGUUUACACCGUCAUCUGUAUGUUCGGCUUUAGCUUCUAACUAUCUUUAACUUUUUAACCUGAGUGAGUCGGACAUGCUGAAUAUAUCCCUCAAACACAGACUGUAGCCCCCUCUGUUUGACUCUCUCUGAAAAAAAAGUAAAGGUUGAGCUACUGGGGAUAAAAGUCACUGUAGCAUGUAUGUUAUUGUGUAGCCUACAAUGCUGUGUUUCUAAUACGUAAUUAGCCUACUUAGAUUAGACAAAUCUCGUUGGGUUUAAAUACUUACAGUAUGACCCAUAAAAUAUAUUGAAUAAAUGGAAGGAAGUAAAAAAAGGAAAUAGGUGCCCUUCUCGCUGGAGUAUCCGAUGACAUUUGUCACUGCGGCAGAUACCAACACAUCAGUGGGCUGAACAGAGAUGGUGUAUUGAAUCAAAUGAUGUGGCUUAUUGUAGUAAUGCUCCCAAACAGGGGCAGGGGCCAUUUUUUUUUACUAGUCCUGUAAUGUUAUCCCCACUGCUCGCAGUCGCCAGUCUGCUUAUUCCACCAGUAGAGACUGACCUCUGGUGGUGCGUACUGUGCACUGCAUCGCUUCAAUACAGCAUCUUUGUAUCAGUUUAAUAGAAAGAGGAACAUCUGUAUUUUUGAUGGUAUUGAAAAUCAUAUCUUCAGGACUUCUAAAUAUCCUGGUACACUGUAAUAUGUUGAUGCAGCCCAAGCCUAAUAAGUACCACUUGUAAAUAUUGUGAUUUGUGUGCUGUUUAAUUAUUUAUGAGCCAAAGAGCUGGAGGUAAACAUGGAAAUAAUGCAGGUGUUCGAAUGUGCAGGAUUUGUAAGUGGCAAAAUAAUCUUUGUGUACUACCUUAUGCUGAAAAUAGUAAUUUUAACCUUGAUGUAUUAUACAAAGAUGUUUUGAGGAUGAGAAACUCAGGUGGCUGCUGGAAGUGAAGAAAUUGUACUGAAUGUUUUUAGAGUUGUUCCAAUACCAAUACCAGUAUUGGAAAAUGCCUCUGAUACUGCCUAACAUGAUGGAUCAUUGGCCCCUGUGUGAGUCUAUGCACUGAUCCAAUAACACAUAGUUUAUUAACACAUUUUAAAUUAGUUUCACACCCGGGUGAAGCGGUAAUUUACCCAUAAAUCUAUUCCUCUUCGCUGCUCUGAAGCAGUAGCCCUCACAGGAAGUUGUGCUGUGCAGCCACUGUUUUAGAGCAGCCAAGAAUAAUUGAUUUCCAGUAACCUUAGGCGUUAGCCAAAUGUCCAGUUAAAUACGUUCUAUAACAUUCAUUAUCCACGUUUUUCCUCAUGGUUUGCAAAAAAGGUUAACCUCAGUCAUGCCUGACAACAAUGGUUGCAAUCAUUUAAUUUCCAUCCAGGGUUACUGGUAUACAGCUUUUAUUUAUUUAUUUAUUUUAAUGUCAUCGUAUUGGAUUGGUGUCAGGCGAUGGACACGUUCAGGUAUGGAAAAAAUGGUAUUGGAACAUCCCUAAUUGGUAAUAUGUCCUGGUAACAAGGCAUGAUCAUGGUGUAAUGAUGUGUUUUACAUGUUAUAAGUAUAUCUGAAUUGCUGUUGUUCAUCAUCAUAUCACUACAUUUUGUAUCAGCAUCUGUAAAUAUCUGUAAUGCCAUCAUAUUUCAAUCACCCCUUUCGCACUGACUGUAAACAAAUUACUCCAUCGUGUUUCAUCAUUUAGCCCAAGAGGCACGGCAACCACAGAUUACAGUUGUCUGCAAUAACAAAAUCAGCUGGAGCAAGUUGUGGAAAAGAAAUCUGUGGGAAUCAAGAUCCUGAGUGAGAUAAACGAGUGAGUGAGAUCUGACUGCUGGCAUGGGAAAGCAUAAGUGGCUGUGUGGGCUUUGAAAUGAUGACGCUCAGAGCUCUUUCCCCUGGAGAAUAAUGGGCUGAAAUGUGGAGAGGCUGAGCACAAGGAAGCGCACACAGAGCGACACACGGCUUUUCCGGAGACACACACAAGCCAGCGGUGUCUCCCAUCAGUCCCUGAGCGCACACAGAAUGAAUAUUUUUUUCAAUUUGAGGGGGACGAUUGUGAGGCAAAUAGCAGAGGACAGAGCUGUUGCAGGUAUGUUUUCACAGAUGUAGCCUAGUAGGAGAUCGUGGAUAUCUAGAAGUUGCCAAGACUUUGCAUGCACUGUAUAUACUCCAUCACUGAUGUUUGAUUUUGGACAGUUAUAAGAAAAAUGAAUAAAUAUCUUAUCAUUUGGGAA